AACAUUAUAAACAUCCUCAUGUCAAGCCAGCUGAUAUGAAAUUUACAAUAUAGCCAUCAAAAGAGAUAAUAAUAAUUGGGUAUCCUUAAAUUGUGAUAUUCCAUAUAAUAUCACAAAUGGAGUUGAAACCCAGUUGCAAAAAAAAGACAAUAACAUAUUACUUCCAAAAAAAAAUCUCAGUUAUUGAAGAUUCACAAAUUGUAUUAUCUCCUCAUCCAAUCCCCAGUUCCAGUGAGGCGCUUACUUUGUAUGAUGAGAAAAUCUCAGUUAUUGAAGAUUCACAAAUUGUAUUAUCUCCUUAUCCAAUCCCCAGUUCUAGUGAGGCGCUUACUUUGCAUGAGGGAAUAAAUUAUGAGGAUAUUCAAAGUCCAAGUCUUAUUCAGCUAUACAAAAAGAAGGAAUCAAAUGACCCAUUUAUUUAGGAUGACAAAUAUUUUGAUUAAUUUCAUAAUUGCUGUAGACCCAUGCCUGUUACUCACAAGAGUAUUUAUUUUUUUUACUUUUUAAACAGGAGCAUGAAUAUAAUCUAUUAUAGAAAAGUUAAUAUAUAUGGUUCCCUCAACCCCAGAAAUUGGCUAUCUUAUAGCACUACUUUAGACA